AUGCACUUUUCCAAACCAACCACCACCACCCUCCUCCUCUCCCUCCUCCCUCUCAUCCAACUCACCACCGCCACCACCGGCAACGCCACCGUCCUCAACAAAUGCUCUUUCCCCCUCUAUCUCUGGUCCGUCGGCGGCUCCGUCGGUCCCUCCACCCUCAUCCAACCCAACGACCAGUACACCGAACCGCUGCACUACGACCCCGCCUCGGGCGGCGUCGCGCUGAAAAUCACCACCAGCGCCGGCGGCCUGUUCAACGGAAGCCCGCAGACGAACUUUGCCUAUACGCUGGAUGGCCAGGGUGUCUGGUAUGAUUUGUCGGAUGUGUUUGGGGAUGCGUUUGCCGGAGAGGCACUCGCGGUGGUGGCUUCCAAGGAGGAUUGUCCGGGGAUCUGCUGGCCUGAGGGGGUGGAUCCAAACGGGGCGAGUGAGACUAAGGUGUGUGAGGCGAGUUCGGAUGUGACUUUGACGGUUUGUGCGGGGAGUUGUUAG